UGCUCUUAGUGUCCAUCAUCACUUCUUCCUUCACCUUGAUCCAAUCCCAUUCGCGAGCAAUUGUUUAAAGAAGUUGCCAUGUCUGAUAUAGCUCAAAUCCAGCCUCCAACAUAUGGGAACCUGAUCACUAUUCUUAGCAUCGAUGGAGGUGGCAUUAGAGGGAUUAUUCCCGCUAUAAUACUCGCCUUCUUGGAGGAACAGCUUCAGGCUCUUGAUGGUUUGGAUGCAAGACUGGCAGACUAUUUCGACGUGAUUGCAGGAACAAGCACUGGUGGCCUAGUAACUGCCAUGCUAGCUGCACCAAAUGCCAAGAACCGCCCAAUCUUUGCAGCUAAAGAUAUUAAGGAAUUUUACCUCGAGCAUUGCCCUAAGAUCUUCCCGCAGCCACGGGAUUCUGUUGCUGGAGCCUUUGAAAAAAUCAAGCUACUCCUAAGACCCAAAUAUGAUGGAAAGUAUCUUCAUCAGAUUAUAAAGGAAAAAUUAGGAACCUUGAAGCUGCACCAGACCCUGACAAAUGUGGUUAUACCAACAUUUGAUAUCAAGAAACUCCAACCAACCAUCUUCUCAUCCUAUGAGGUAAAAAAUAAUGGUUUGCUGGAUGCUCAUUUGUCUGAUAUUUGCAUUAGCACAUCUGCUGCACCAACUUACCUUCCAGCCCACCACUUCGAAACCAAGGAUUCUGAGGGAAAGCUGAGAGAGUUCAACUUAAUUGAUGGUGGUGUUGCAGCUAAUAAUCCGGCAUUAGUUGCUAUGGGAGAAGUAACAAAGGAGAUUUUCAAAGGGAACCAAGAUUUCUUUCCAAUUAAGCCUACAGACUAUGGCAGAUUUUUAGUGAUCUCAAUAGGAACAGGCACACAAAAGAACGAGGAGAAGUUUGAUGCUAAAGAAGCAGGGAAAUGGGGAAUUCUAGGUUGGUUGUUAAGUGGUGGCUCAAAUCCAUUAAUUGACGCCUUUACUCAAGCAAGUGGGGAUAUGGUUGAUAUCCAUCUAUCUGUGGUCUUCCAAGCCUUGCAUUCCCAAUCUAGAUACUUGCGCAUUCAGGAUGACACAUUAAGCGGAACCAUUUCUUCUGUCGAUAUCUCCACAAAGAAAAACUUGAAUAGUCUCGUUAAGAUCGGCCAAGAGAUACUUAAAAAACCUGCUAUCAGGACAAAUCUUGAGACAGGCGUUUGUGAACCGCUGUCCGAAGAAACCAACGAGCAAGCUCUUACAAGAUUUGCUAAGAUGCUGUCUGGAGAACGAAGGCUUCGAGAGAUGAGAUCACCGCUCACUAAAGCUAAAGAGGAGAAAAAAUAUUAUCUGUAGCUGAAUUUGAUUCUUUUAUAGCAAUUGUAUGCCAUGGCUUGAUGUUACCAAGAAAAAAUAUGUCAUGGCUUGACAACAAUAAGUUGACUCUGUUCUCAGCAGAAUUCAAUAACGUAUGAACGUAGUAUCAAUGUUUCUUUUUUAAAAGUUUAUCAUCAAUGAUUCUGUUAAAUACGCUA